AUCCGGGCAGGAGAUCCGGAUCCGAGCGCAACCCCCGCAUCGAAAACCUAAACGUUUGCUGCCAUUUUUCUGGCGGGAAACGGAAAACGCCCUCUUUGUGAGCGAGUGGGUGGCGACUGAUCCGAGAGAGAGAGGGAGAGAGAGAGAAUGGGAUCGGAUGCUCCUCUGCCCAAAUGGGCGUCGCAGCCUUGCAUAAUGGGCAUCGAUGAAGCUGGACGAGGCCCUGUUUUAGGACCUAUGGUGUACGGCUGCUUGUACUGUGCCCGCUCCUAUCAGAAAACUCUUUCCUCCUUGAACUUUGCAGAUUCAAAGACACUAAAAGAAGAGAAGAGGGAGGAGUUGUUUGAGAAUCUAAAGGCUGAUGACUCAAUUGGUUGGGAUGUGGAUGUCAUAGAUCCAAAGGAGCUCUCGGCCAAAAUGUUAAAGAAAAAUAAGAUAAAUCUUAAUGAAAUAUCACAUGACUCUGCGAUUGGCCUCAUCAAUCGGGUUCUAAACAAGGGAGUUCUCCUAACUGAGGUUUACCUGGAUACAGUGGGUGAUCCUGAGAAGUACAGAACGAAAUUGUCUCAAAGGUUUCCUGCCAUCAAAUUUGUGGUUGCGAAGAAGGCUGAUAGUCUUUAUCCAGUUGUGAGUGGAGCAAGCAUAGUUGCUAAGGUCACAAGAGACAGAGCCUUGCGGGAAUGGUUGCUUGAUGAAACAGCAGAUAACACUCACAGGAACUUUGGUUCUGGAUACCCUGGAGAUCCUGAAACCAAGGCCUGGUUGGAACAUCACAAACACUUGAUUUUUGGAUUCCCAUCGCUGGUACGUUUUAGUUGGGGUACAUGCACUCCCUACUUGAAGGACAUGGUGGAAGUCUUAUGGGAAUCUGAUAAAAUGGACGAAGAAGGUUCUGGAAGUAGUCAUGGCAAGCGGCAAUUGAAAUUAAGCAAUGUUGGUUUCACCCCAUCCAAGAGGAAGAGUGAAGAAAUUGAAUCGAGUGGAAAGGGACGCUGCAAGUUUUUCCAGGCUCGCAAACUUGAGCAAGUCGUUCAUUUCUGACUUGUCCCAGUUUUCAUUAGAUAAUCUUAGAUUAUGCCUUCAUAUUGAAUUUCACUUUAGCAUGUAUAAAGAUUGUAGAUGUGGGAUUCCAGCCUUGCUAGAUGUACACUAAUGAAGUGGGGUUCACAUUGAAGAAUUUGAUUGAAAGAUUAUGGAAAAUGAUUUGUUGA